CUUCCUCAUCGUUUUUUCCCUUUCACUUCGAAACAAAGAGAAAAAAAUAAAUUAAAUAGCACAGAAAUAGAAACGAAAAUUAACGAAAUUUCCAAACUCACUUCUCAAUAUUCAUUCUCUCAUUUUCCCCGUUUUCCUCACGAUUUUCUUUCUUAACUCUUACGGAAAAUCGUUUCCCUCCACCGAAUGAAAAAAUUUCCGCACCGUGCGAUAGGUAGGGUUAUUCUUGUAGCGAAAACUCGAAUCUGAAGCUUCUCAGACAUGGCUAUGCUCCGCAAGUUGUUCUUUCGUAAGCCUCCUGAUGGUCUCCUCGAGAUCUGCGAGAGAGUUUACGUUUUUGAUUGCUGUUUCACAACUGAAGCUUGGAAUGAAGAGAAAUAUAAAGUGUACAUGGACGGUAUAGUUGGUCAGCUUAGAGAGAAUGUGCCUGAUGCUUCUAUUUUGGUUUUCAAUUUUCGUGAGGAAGAGACUAAGAGUUUGAUGGCAAAUAUCAUAUCUGAGUACGAUAUUACUAUAAUGGACUAUCCUAGGCACUAUGAAGGUUGCCCUGUGCUCAAAAUGGAGCUCAUUCACCACUUUUUAAGGUCUAGUGAAAGCUGGCUUUCACUUGGUCACCACAAUGUGUUGUUAAUGCAUUGUGAACGUGGUGGUUGGCUGGUUUUGGCUUUCAUGUUGGCUGCAUUGUUGAUUUAUCGAAAGGUUUAUUCUGGGGAACAGAGGACUUUGGAUAUGGUUUAUCGGCAGUCGCCGAACGAGCUUUUGCAUUUGUUGACGCCACUGAAUCCAAUCCCUUCCCAACUGAGGUAUCUGCAGUAUGUUUCCAGGAGGAAUGUGGCCUUAGAUUGGCCUCCGCUCGACAGGGCACUCAUGUUGGACUGCAUCAUUCUCAGAUUCAUCCCAAACUUUGAUGGGCAAGGUGGUUGUCAUCCGCUGUUUAGAAUCUACGGACAGGAUCCUUUUAGUGCAGAUAAAAGUUCUAAAAUAUUAUACUCAACGCCGAGGAGAAGCAAAAAUAUCCGGGCAUACAAGCAGGGGGAGUGUGAACUAAUUAAAAUUGAUAUCAAUUGCCACAUUCAAGGUGAUGUCGUGAUUGAGAGUAUUAACUUGAAUGAUGAUAUGGAGCAUGAAACGAUGAUGUUCCGAGUCAUGUUCAACACAACUUUUGUUAGAUCCAAUAUUUUGAUGCUUAAUUGCGAUGAAAUUGACGUUCUAUGGGAUGCUAAAGACCACUUUCCAAAAGAUUUCAGAGCUGAGAUCCUUUUCUCAGAGAUGGAUGCUGCUGCAUCAGUUAUUGCAGAUGGUACAUCAUGCUUUGAGGAGAAAGAGGGACUUCCGAUUGAAGCAUUUGCCACGGUUCAAGAGAUCUUUAACCAUGUGGACUGGAUGAACCCAAAGGCAGAAGCUGCGUUGAAUGUGCUCCAACAUAUAAGUACCUCUGCUAUCAUGAAUGACAAGUUGGAUAAAGUUUCUGAUCAGCAUGUGGAAACUGCCUCUUCUUUGCGUGAAACAGGUUUUAAAAUGCCUCAGAGGAAUUCCUAUGAAGCAACACAGUCUCGGUCCUCAACUAAGCAACCCCCAAAUAAUGAUAUGAGUGGAAAAGAGGAUAAGACAAACAAAGUAGAUGAUAUUCCACAGCAGGCUAAUACAUCAGAUAUCAUCUGUCAGCAGACAUUCUGCUCAUCUGAAAGAAGAUUGGAUUCCAGUAAAUGUGCAACAGGGUCAUCAAAUAUUGACAUAAAACUGCAGGCAUCCAAUCUCGAUUCAUCUGGUUCAGUUGACGCUUCUCUCUCCCCUGGAACACCUCCUCUGCGGCCUCCAUCGACUGCUCAUGCCAAAGAAGUUCAAGAUUCUCCUGCUCACAAAGAAUCACCUCCUCGUCAUAUUUUGCCUUUACAUUCAGGACAUCAAUCAGAAGACAUAAGUUAUUCACCUGUUUCUAGCUCUACACCUGGGACCCAACUAUUAUCUGCUUUCGACAGCAAGUCACCAGCUGCCACUGUUUCCCGUCCUUCACUUUCAUCAGUUUCUUCAAUUCAGCCAUCCUCCCUGCUUUCUUGCAGAACACCUUUGAAUGGCAUUCAACCUGUCAAAACAAGACUUGAGUCUUCCCCUUCACAACCUCCAACUCCACCCCCUCCUCCUACCCCUCCACUAAAAGAUCACAAAGUAAUUACAGAUGGACCUUUAACCCCAUCCCCACCCCCUCCUCCCAAGAAGGAACUAUUAUCUGCUUUCAACAGUACGUCAACAGCUGCCAAUGUUUCCCAUCCUUCACUCUCAUCAGUUUCUUCAAUUCUGCCAUCCCCCCCACUUUCUUCCAAAACACCUUUGAAUGACAUUCUACCUGACAAAACAAGACUUGAGUCUUCCUCUUCACAACCUCCAACUCCACCCCCUCCACUAAAAGACCACAAAGUAAUUAGAGCUGGACCUCCAACCCCACCCCCUCCUCCAAAGAAGGAACUAUUAUCUGCUUUCCACAGUAAGUCACAAGGUGCCACUGUUUCUCAUCCUCCACUUUCAUCAGUUUCUUCAAUUCAGCCAUCCCCCCCACUUUCUUCCAAAACACCUCUAAAUGACAUUCCACUUGUCAAAACAAAACUUGAGUCUUUCCCAUCACAAUCUCAAACUCCACCCCCUCCACUUAAAGAUCACAAAGUAAUUAGAGCUGGACCUCCAACCCCACCCCCACCCCCUCCCUCACCUCCCAAGAAGGAACUACAUGUUGAAGCUGGACCUCCUCCUACUUCUCCCAUUCCAUCUCCUAUGAAUGAACAGCCACAUGUAAGAGAUGGACUUUCUCCUCCGCCACCUCCUCUAAAAGCGGAGCAACCUGCUACGUUUAAGCCCCCACCACCUCCACCACCACCUCAUCAUUCAAGGGAAGUUGCUAGUCCUACUAUAGCACCACCAGCACCGCCUCCACCUCCCUCUGCAACACUUUCCUCUGGCAACCCUAAUCCUUCAUCAAAAAAGUCUCCACCUGCUCCACCACCUCCAAUUCCUUUUGGUAAAGAAGGUCUAAAACCAGGCAGUGCUUUUCCCAUGUCUCUUUCUGUCAGAAGUGAUGGAAAUAAUGUCUCGGGCACUACAGGACCUCAAUCUAGUUCACCAACAGGACCAAAGGGACGAGGUCUAUCACGUACGGUUGGGUCAAAGAAUAACUCCAAAAAGUUGAAGCCGUUGCAUUGGAUGAAAUUAUCUAGAGCAGUGCAAGGAAGUUUGUGGGACGAGACACAAAAAUCUAGUGAAGCUUCCAAAGCCCCAGAGAUUGAUAUGUCAGAGCUCGAGAGUCUCUUCUCAGCAGCAGCCCCAAGUUCAAACACUGCCAAGAAGUCAAAUGUCCAAAGCUCAGUUAGGCCUAAAUCUGAGAAAGUGCAACUGGUUGAGCAUAGGCGAGCAUAUAAUUGUGAAAUCAUGCUUUCAAAAGUGAAGGUGCCAUUGCGUGAUUUAAUGGGCUCAGUGUUAGCACUAGAAGAGUCAGCGCUAGAUACUGAUCAGGUUGAGAACCUCAUAAAGUUUUGUCCUACGAAAGAGGAGAUGGAAAUAGUCAAGAAUUAUAACGGGGAAAAGGAUAAAUUAGGGAGAUGCGAACAGUUCUUCAUGGAGUUGAUGAAAGUACCACGGGUAGAAUCUAAGCUCAGAGUCUUUUCAUUCAAGAUUCAAUUCCACUCUCAGGUUUCCGAUCUUAGAAAUAGCCUAAAUGUUGUGAACGCUGCUGCAGAAGAGAUCAGGAAUUCUGUCAAAUUAAAGAGAAUAAUGCAAACAAUACUUACUCUAGGAAAUGCUUUGAAUCAAGGAACUGCCAGGGGUUCUGCUAUUGGAUUCAGAUUAGAUAGCCUUCUUAAACUCACGGAGACACGUGCAAGGAACAACAAAAUGACUCUCAUGCAUUAUCUUUGUAAGGUGUUAGAUGACAAAUUACCAGAAGUUUUAGACUUCUCUAAAGAUAUUGCUAACCUAGAACCAGCGGCGAAGAUCCAAUUGAAGUUUCUGGCAGAGGAGAUGCAAGCAAUAAACAAAGGGUUAGAGAAAGUUGUACAAGAGUUAUCCACUUCUGAAAAUGAUGGUCCUAUAUCAGAAACAUUCCGCAAGAAAUUGAAAGUUUUCCUCUGUUCUGCUGAAGCUGAAGUCCGCUCAUUGGCUUCAAUAUAUUCUGGUGUGGGCAGGAACGUGGAUGUGUUGAUUCUUUAUUUUGGUGAAGAUCCAUCUCGCUGUACAUUUGAGCAAGUUGUCACAACUUUGCUCAACUUCACUCGAAUGUUCAACAAAGCCCAUGAAGAAAACUGCAAGCAGCUAGAGCUUGAAAUGAAGAAAACAGCAGAAAGUGAGAAAAAGAAAUGUGAAUCAGAAAGGAUAUUACCAACAGCAAUCCGGACUGGCAAUGUCAAAUAAGUAAUAAUUAGAAGACACUAGCUUUGAGAGUCCGUAUAUAUUCUAGCACGACUAGGAAUUUGACCAGACAAAAAUGGUUCUGGUGUUUGGUUUUUUGGAGGGGCAUGUAUAGUGGCACAUAUCGUAGUAGCUGGCAUUGAGAAAUGAAGAUUUGCAUUACACUGCAAAGCUGAGAUGGUGGAGUUUGCAUGAGUUUUGUUAUCUGCCAACCAACUUGUAUAUAACUUCUCUCUCUGCUCAGAAACUGUAUGAUUGUACGUAUAUAUCCAAGAUACCACGACAUUGGUUGUUACUUUCUCUCUCCCCUUCUGCCCCUCAGUCUUGGGUGUCUCCGCUAGCAACAAUAAUUUCACAGUAGUGCAAAGCUUGGAUAGUUGAAUGUCUUAUUGUAUAGCUUAUUUAUGUAAAAUUCAGAAUUUCUAAUGGAUAAAAGUGUGUCAUUUUCAUUUCUCUUUAAAUAAUAUUGAUACAAAAUGAUAUGUAGUGUUAAGUCUUGCUAUAAGGUUAAUCUACAAGUGGACUAAUUAAUUA